AUGGCUGAACCACAAACCACCGCACACGAAGGCACAGCUGCCGACACAGCUUCCACGAGCACAGCGCGGCGGCUCUCAGCAACCCCAUCCGACACACGACCUCUCUCGGAACUGCUCGAGCAGUAUAGACAAGCUCUCAAGACGCAGCACCCCGGGCAAGAUCUCUCCCACAUCCGUGCCCUCAUCUCCCAACGUAUGGCAGAAGCCGCCCUGUCCGACGACGAGAUUGAAGGAAUCGAAUCAUCCACCAACAACCGCAUCAUUUCAUACUCCCCUAGCCAAGCGCAACGCACCCAGCACUCUGCCUCGCCGACGCCAAAGCUCCGCUCAGCACGGGACGUGCUCCACAAGCUCCUUUGGGAUCCCAGCUUUGAGGCCGACGACUACGUGGUGGUAUACGAAGACCGGUUUGUGGGUGAGAUGGAGAAACGGAUCAGGGAGUGGAAGAGGGAGCAGACGGAUGAGGAGUUCAUUCCGGAAUCCAGAGUUGUAAAGUUCAAGAGGAUCAGCAGCGGCGUGGUUGUCUGGGACCGGAGGCUGAAGGCCGAUUCUGUUUUUGGAAGUGGGUAUGGCUCGUCUGCGGGUUGA